AUGUUUUCACCUCGUUCAAAUUAGUAAACUCCAACUUAAAGGAAAAUAGGAAGAAAGAUGACAGAGUCAUCACAUAAAUCUUCACGAAAGAUUGAAAUCUAAGCCUUGCCUUCUGGUAUCAGAAUAAUAAUUGCUGAAUCAAUACUUGCAUAAAAUCAUAUCUCAUCCAUUAGAGACAGUCUAAUCAGAUAUCUAAAAUAUGAAGAUUCCUAUUAAAAAUUAAGACCUGUAGAUAUUCAAAUUAUGAAUGAGUAUGCUCUGACAUAAGUUUCAUUUGUUAAAGAAUUUAGUGAGAAAAAAGAAUUAAUUGUAAAUAUGCUCCUCCAUCUCUUUUUUUACAGAAAUGCAAAAUAUAUCAAGCAAUGCUUUUAAGAAAAGAAUUAAGCUGAUGACAUCAAGGAAUUCCAAAGAUUAUUAGUUUUCCACAAAAAUGAAUUAAAUUCCUUAGAAGUUAGAACUCUCCUAACUUGGCUACAUGAUUAUAUUGCCCAUUAUGAUUUGUUCUAUUUCAAAGCAUUAUCUGAUGAUGGAUUAGAUAUAGUUUAUAAUGUUGUUUUGGAUAUUCCCACCUUUGUACCUCCAUUAUCUUAAGCAAAUUUUAUACCUUAAAAUAAUAAAUAAUAUGCAGAUGUUGAUUCAGAAGAGGAGGAAAAGUAUGCUAAAAGAAGAAUCAAAAUGGAAAAAGAAAAUUAAGAAGUUGAAGACGAACUUUAAGAUAAUCAAGAACAAAAUGCUUAAUAAGACAGCGAGUAGAAAAAGCCAAAUGAAUUUGAGGAAUACAUACAAUAGUAAGUCUUUGGAACUUCUUAACAGUUAUUUUAAAAGAUAGAAGAGUAGAAUAAAAUAAUUAUUGAAUAAGUUGAAAAGGAAAACAAUAAAAAGAAAAAAUGAAAUUUAAAAAUAAAUCUUUUUUAUGCCUUCCAUCAUCAUC